ACCACCCCAUCCACCCGCCUCGCAAGGAAGUUAGUCCUUGGAAGAUAGACGUUCCCGAGAACUGUGGCUAUGAAUUUCGUAUGAUGGACGGUGUCUUCCAGGUAUAUCCCAACGAGGAAGCUGUCCGGCGAAAUGAAAGUCUCUCAUACCCGUAUCCAAACUUGGCCCGUUACAUCCAAGACCUGAAUUUGCUGUGCGCCUUGAUCGCUAAUGGGCCAGUCAAAUCGUUUUGCUAUCGGCGCCUGCAGUAUCUUUCAUCCAAGUUCCAGCUCCAUGUGCUCCUGAAUGAAAUGAGGGAGUUGGCAGCCCAGAAAGCCGUUCCUCACAGGGACUUCUACAACAUACGAAAGGUGGACACGCACAUUCACGCAGCGUCUUGCAUGAACCAGAAGCACUUGCUGCGGUUCAUCAAGAAGUGCGUGAAAACCCACCCGGAUGAAAUCGUAUGCGUCGUCAAGGGGGAGGAGAUGACCUUGGCCCAAGUGUUCGCUUCGCUCAACCUCACCGCCUAUGACCUCUCUGUGGAUAUGUUAGAUGUGCAUGCAGAUAGGAAUACGUUUCACAGAUUCGACAAAUUCAAUGCCAAAUAUAAUCCAGUCGGAGAAUCACGUCUCCGCGAAGUCUUUCUCAAAACUGGCAACCAUCUCAAUGGAAAGUAUUUCGGUCACAUCAUCAAGGAAGUAAUGGCUGAUCUGGAAGAGAGUAAAUAUCAAAAUGCAGAGCUUCGUCUUUCAAUUUAUGGCAAAUCCAGAGAUGAGUGGAGAAUGCUGGCCCGUUGGGCAGUUGAACACAAUGUUCAUUCAGAAAAAGUUAGGUGGCUCAUUCAAGUGCCACGGCUUUUUGAUAUCUACAAGAGCAAUAACAUCAUGGACAACUUUGAGACAUUUAUAGACAAUUUGUUUGGCCCUCUCUUCGAAGUGUCUGUGGACCCCAGCGUUGAUCCAGACCUACAUGCGUUUUUGCAGUAUGUAAUUGGAUUUGAUAGUGUAGAUGAUGAGAGUAAGCCAGAGACUUCAGUUAUGGAUAAAGAUAUGCCAACACCACAGCUCUGGUCAGACACUGAGAAUCCCCCAUAUGCAUACUAUCUGUAUUACAU